UUUUUUGCUUUCAAUUUCUAGUGUUUAUCGUCAAGAAGAUCGAGAAUCGAGAGUGGUAACUAAUGAGAGGAAGAAGUAGCAGCAGAACAAUGGACGUUGUCCAAAUUACUCUGUUCUUGUGGUAUAUGACUGCAGUAGCAUCGGAUGCACCAUUGGGAAAGCCUAAUUGUUCAUCCCAAUGCGGAUCAGUCACUCAAAUCCCAUAUCCUUUUGGAAUUGAAGCUGGCUGCUACCUUGAUGACUGGUUCCAAAUAAUAUGUGACAACUCAGCCAGCCCACCGAAAGCUUUCUUGAACGUUACUGGUUUAGAGGUGCUGGAAAUUUCUGUUGAAGGCACACUAAAGGUGGAAAGCCCUAUUACCUUCUCUAAUUGCAGUAACAAGCCAGUAGGCCGCCAGACGCCGAACUUGGAAGGAAGUCCGUUUGUGUUCUCCUUGAAAAACAGAUUUACUUCAUUGAGCUGUGGAGGAAUCGCCUUGAUGACAUCCUUAGAUGGUUCAACAAUUGCUGGCUGCUUGUCGAUAUGUGAUGAUUCAAGUACUGGCUAUCUACGAACGAAGAGCUGCACCGGGAUGAAUUGCUGCCAGACCACCAUUACUCCAUAUCUCAGGUCCUUCAAUACUAGUUUUGGAGCAGUAUUAAAUGCUGACAGAAAGGCAUGCAAGUCUGCCUUCCUUGUAGAGCAUGAUUGGUUUACAUCAAACUCAACAAAUGUUUCUGCCAUUGGUGAAAUGGACUACGUUCCUAUGGUGCUGGAAUGGCACGUACUUGAUUUGAAUUAUACCAAGUUUGAUAUAUAUGGAACAAAUAAUUGGACAGAUGAUAAAAGUACGGAUUGCAGCAGCAGCCAAUGUUUCUGCUCAAAGGGCUACCAUGGAAACCCGUAUCUUCUUCAUGGAUGUCAAGACAUCAAUGAAUGCGAGGAUCCAGACCACCCCUAUAGAUGUGGUUCCGGCAUUUGCAUCAAUUAUCCUGGGAGCUUUAUGUGUCAAUUGCCUGAUCAACGAUCAUCACGAGUUACUCUGGCCAUUAUAGUUCCCAGCAGUGUUCUUGGACUGUUGUUUCUGCUAACUGGCAUGUGGUGGGCGCACAAAGUCAUGAAGAAAAGGAAAGAUAUGAAACGCAAAGAGAAGUUCUUUAGACAAAAUGGUGGUUUAGUGUUGGAGCAACAAUUAUCUUCUGGUGAACUCAAUGUUGAGAAGGUUAAGUUGUUCAAUUGCAAGGAGCUAGAGAAAGCCACGGACCAUUUUAAUGCAGACAGAGUUAUUGGUCAGGGAGGCCAAGGUACAGUUUAUAAAGGAAUGUUGAGAUUAAGAAUUUCAAUCGAAGUUGCCGGAGCACUUUCCUACUUACAUUCUGCAGCUUCCUUUCCAAUUUACCACCGGGACAUCAAGUCUUCUAACAUACUCUUGGAUGAAAAAUACAGAGCCAAAGUAGCAGACUUCGGGACUUCAAGAUCAAUUUCCAUUGACCAAACGCAUCUUACAACACUAGUACAUGGAACAUUUGGUUAUCUGGACCCAGAAUACUUCCAAUCUAGCCAAUUUACAGAGAAGAGUGAUGUUUAUAGCUUUGGAGUCGUCCUUGCUGAGCUCUUGACGGGACAAAAACCAGUUUCAUUCAUGAGGUCACCAGAAAGCAGAAGCCUAGCCACUUAUUUCCUUAUGUCCAUGGAGGAUAAUAAUUUGUUUGCUAUUCUUGAUGCUCAAGUUAUGAAGGAUGGUGGAAAAGACGAGAUUGUGGGUGUUGCUAUUCUUGCAAAAAAAUGCUUAAAUUUGAAUGGAAGAAACCGUCCUACUAUGAAAGAAGUGUUAGUAGAAUUGGAGGGAAUUCAAUUGUCAGUUAAAGCUUCUGAUGUCCAAAAAACUUUUGCAGAGGUUGAAUAUGAUCAAAGCCAAAUAACCGAGCCCUGGGAUAUUUCUUCUUUAUCAGCCGGUUCUUGUAUGGAUAGUGGCACAAGCUCUUCUUUUUCUGAGAGCAAAAGAGAUUCCAUUCAUAAUCCAAUAAUCCAUACAAAAGGACGAGCAUGCAUGAACAUAAUGGCCUCGUUAAAACCUUCCUAGGAAAACCACAUGGGAGAAACCCCAAGGGAGGAAAGAGUACCACCAAUGUCUUUCAAGUUACUGUAAAGAAAAUAUUUCUUGUAAUAUUAUGUUUUUGGACUUGUAAUCCUUUAGACUAUUACCUUACGCAAUGCAAUUUCCAUCUACAUGCCAUCUUUUC